AUGGCGAAUGUUUGGUCUACAAGCCGCCGGAAGCAGAGACGCUAUCGCACUACUUUCAACAGCUCUCAACUAGAGGAGCUCGAGCGGGCCUUUCAAAAGACUCAUUACCCGGACGUAUUCUUCCGCGAGGAGCUAGCGCUGAAAAUCGGACUGACAGAGGCGCGUGUCCAGGUGUGGUUCCAGAACAGACGGGCAAAAUGGCGGAAGCAGCAGAAGGAAGAACAGAAGUCUCGUCUGGUGACUGACACGGGUUGUCAUGCUCUGAAGGCAUCCCAAAACAAGCCACCUCCCCAACCACCACCCCCAAUGUCCUCGCCUGCUUGCAAAAUGACGUCAUUCGGCAGUGUUCCCGUUCCCGGGUUUUAUUUCCACGGCAAUCUGAACGUGGACUGGACUUCCCAGAUGAAUCCCUCGAUGAGUUCUUCUUCCCUGACAUCUUUCCUGGCCAGCAAGAAUGGACAGCGCUAUCAGGGUUCUAUGGAUGAGAAUUCAUUUGGAGGCCGUUGCAGUGGUCAAACACAAGGAGACAGCGGGAGCAUGAAGACAAAUCUCCAUGACAACCAGUUCCAGCUCCCAGACGCUGUCUACACCAGGGACGCCCGUGUUGGGAGCCUUGUGGCUCUACGUCUCAAGGCCCAAGAACAUCAGGAGGCCAUCAAAGCUUGACUACGAGCCAAGACAAGAUGUUUCUCAUUUAUUACUGAUUCAAACGCUUUAGCUUCAUUUUUCUUCUGCUGCAUUUUCCAUCGAAAAAGAGGGAGAUCACCUAACAUUAAUGAAGGACAUGUAAUAUGUUACUUUCUCUUUGGAAAUGAUAUUCCAUCGCUAGUGACUUAUUUGUGCAUGUUUUCUUUCUCUUCCAUUGACGUUUUCUUCAAAUGUACGACAAUCCUUCAUUGUUAUUAACUUCCUUGUUUUCUUUUUCGUUCCCCCCCCCCCCACCCCGUUUUUUUAAAGAGUAAUUGUUGAUUGAUCAUCUUCUCAUGGAAAGAAGAAUGUUAACAUUUUAAAGCUUAAUCAUUAUCUCUUUUUAUAUUGUAAGCUUCUAAUUUUUCCUGACUGCCACCAGCAGCACACAAAUUAUUUUUUCCUGCUACCACCCC